AUGGCAUUCUCAUGCCAGCCAUGCGCCCGUCGCAAGGUCAAGUGCGACAAGUCGACACCCCUGUGCUCCAGCUGUCGAAAAGGCAGGCUGGACUGUAUCUACGAAGCCCCGGCGCCGCGUGCGCGGAAGCGGAAGCCAGGCGAGGCGGGUGCUGAUGACGUUUACGAGAGGCUGGCGCGGUACGAGCGCGUGCUGCGCCGACACGGCUUGCUGGAAGCUGCUGGCGCGUCGCCUGCAGUCGAGAAGGACGAGGAGGCGCUCGAGGACCCGAUCUUCCCACUCUGGAAUCUCCCGUCUGGGAAGCUUGUUGUCGGUCAAGGGAAAUCGAGGUACGUCAACAGCCACCUGUGGCGCAACCUUGGAGACGACGAGAUGGAACGCAUGGGCGAUGAGCAUGCCGCUCACCAUGACGAUGAUGACGACGCGGCGGACGAAGAAGAUGGGACUGUGGGCAUUGUUGAGGGCCCUGCAUCUGACCCUUUGACGGGAGCCUUCCUGGGCGGACAGCAUCAUAAUCUCCUCAUGCAUCACCCGACCCAUGCAGAGGCCAUGAUCUUGUGGGCGGCUUAUGUGGACAAUGUCGAGCCUCUACUCAAGGUACUGCAUAUUCCUUCGAUGGCCAAGACGAUAGACACUCUUUCGAAACAACCGGGACAGGCAAACAAAGCUGACGAAUGCCUCGCGUUUGCCGUUUACCACUUUGCGAUCGUGUCCAUGUCGGACGAAGAAUGUCUCCAGAAGCUGGGGUCGACUUCACGCGAGGUCCUGCUUCAGCGCUACAACCAAGCAACACGCCAGGCUCUCGUCAACGCAUCUUUCCUCAGCACAACAGCCAUGACCGUGUUGCAGGCCCUUGUUCUCCAUCUCGUCUGCUGUCGGAAUGAGUACGAUCCCCACACGUUCUGGAUUCUGACUGGCGUCGCGACCCGGAUUGCCCAGCGAAUGGGUCUGCACCGCGAUGGGGAGGUGCAGGGCCUCUCGCCGUUUGACGUACAGAUGCGACGACGGCUAUUUUUCCAGAUUCUCCCGCUCGACGGCGCAUCCAGCCGUAUGGCGGGAGUGGGCGUGUCGAUUCCCGAUGACUGGGACACUCGGCAGCCACUCAACAUCGACGACGAACAGAUCUGGCCGACCAUGACGGAAGCGCCAGUAGCACGAGAAGGAGCAACAGAGAUGAUGUUUUGUCUCGCGCGGUCGUCUCUUGGAACCUUCAUCGCGAAGCCAGGCAAAUCAGUGGAUGCAUCAAAGCAUCUGGAUGACCGAGCCCGCGAGUGGGCGAUCAAGCAAGCAGAAAAGGAGGUUGAGGAGCGCUACAUUCGCUACUGCGAUUUCGUCAACCCGCUUCACAUGUUGACCAUCAGCUCUGCGCGAGCUGGGAUCACGGCCAUGAGGCUGCGGAUUCGCUUACAAAAGGUUAAGAACCAAAACGCAACGCCUUUGGAGCGCAUGGAUCUUUUCAGACUUGCACAGAGAAUCCUUGACACAGAUGCAGCGGUGCUGGCGCAUGCUGGCCUAGGCCGAUUUCGAUGGCACACAAGAUGGUUCUUCUUGUGGGGGACGUGGGACUCUCUUGUCUACAUUUUGAUGACACUGUGGCAGAGAUGUGAACUACUUUCGGACCAGGAAAAAGACGACGCCUGGGGCAAGCUGGAAGAGCUAUGCCGCAACCAUAUCGAGCUGGCCCAACCGGAACGAGCGUUGUAUCUGUCGUUCGGGCGACUUUUUGUCAGAGCGUGGGAUGCUUGCCAUGAUCCCUUGAUCAAUUACAAGUCGGAACCAGUUUUUAUCUCGACAUUGCGAUACUAUUGUGAGGCUGGCUCUCCGCACGCCUCCAAGAAACAAAAACAGAAGAUCGAGAACCCCACAUCCGCUGGUUCUAGAAAUUCUUCCGAGUCGGUAGACUGGGUCAAGACCACUCAUGAGGAUGAUCCUUCACAGCUUUGCGGACUGGAUGCUCUGGGAUCAACUCAUCCGGGAUUACCAGAUUCAGAGUCCAACUGGACCAGAUGA